ACUAUGCUUCCCGUGCCACUAUGCUGCCCCGUGCCACUAUGCUGCCCCGUGCCACUAUGCUGCCCCGUGCCACUAUGCUGCCCCGUGCCACUAUGCUGCCCCGUGCCACUAUGCUGCCCCGUGCUACUAUGCUUCCCCGUGCCACUAUGCUGCCCCGUGCCACUAUGCUGCCCCGUGCCACUAUGCUGCCCCGUGCCACUAUGCUGCCCCGUGCCACUAUGCUGCCCCGUGCCACUAUGCUGCCCCGUGCCACUAUGCUGCCCCGUGCUACUAUGCUUCCCCGUGCCACUAUGCUGCCCCGUGCCACUAUGCUGCCCCGUGCCACUAUGCUGCCCCGUGCUACUAUGCUUCCCCGUGCCACUAUGCUUCCCCGUGCCGCUAUGCUUCCCCGUGCCACUAUGCUGCCCCGUGCCACUAUGCUCCCCGUGCCACUAUGCUUCCCCGUGCCACUAUGCUGCCCCGUGCCACUAUGCUGCCCCGUGCCACUAUGCUGCCCCGUGCCACUAUGCUUGCCCCGUGCCACUAUGCUGCCCUGCCACUAUGCUGCCCCGUGCCACUAUGCUGCCCCGUGCCACUAUGCUGCCCGUGCCACUAUGCUGCCCCGUGCCACUAUGCUGCCCCGUGCCACUAUGCUUCCCCGUGCCACUAUGCUGCCCCGUGCCACUAUGCUGCCCCGUGCCACUAUGCUGCCCCGUGCUACUAUGCUUCCCCGUGCCACUAUGCUGCCCCGUGCCACUAUGCUGCCCCGUGCCACUAUGCUGCCCCGUGCCACUAUGCUGCCCUGCCACUAUGCUGCCCCGUGCCACUAUGCUGCCCUGCCACUAUGCUUCCCCGUGCCACUAUGCUGCCCCGUGCCACUAUGCUGCCCCGUGCCACUAUGCUGCCCUGCCCCGUGCCACUAUGCUGCCCCGUGCCACAAUGCUGCCCUGUGCCACUAUGCUGCCCCGUGCCACUAUGCUGCCCCGUGCUACUAUGCUUCCCCGUGCCACUAUGCUGCCCCGUGCCACUAUGCUGCCCCGUGCCACUAUGCUGCCCCGUGCUACUAUGCUUCCCCGUGCCACUAUGCUGCCCCGUGCCACUAUGCUGCCCCGUGCCACUAUGCUGCCCCGUGCCACUAUGCUGCCCCGUGCCACAAUGCUGCCCUGUGCCACUAUGCUGCCCCGUGCCACUAUGCUGCCCGUGCUACUAUGCUUCCCCGUGCCACUAUGCUGCCCCGUGCCACUAUGCUGCCCCGUGCCACUAUGCUGCCCCGUGCUACUAUGCUUCCCCGUGCCACUAUGCUUCCCCGUGCCGCUAUGCUUCCCCGUGCCACUAUGCUGCCCCGUGCCACUAUGCCUCCCCGUGCCACUAUGCUCCCCGUGCCACUAUGCUCCCCGUGCCACUAUGCUGCCCCGUGCCACUAUGCUGCCCCGUGCCACUAUGCUUCCCCGUGCCACUAUGCUGCCCCGUGCCACUGUGCUGCCCGUGCCACUAUGCUGCCCCGUGCCACUAUGCUGCCCCGUGCCACUUGCUGCCCGUGCCACUAUGCUGCCCCGUGCCACUAUGCUGCCCCGUGCCACUAUGCUGCCCCGUGCCACUAUGCUGCCCCGUGCCACUAUGCUGCCCCGUGCCACUAUGCUGCCCCGUGCCACUAUGCUGCCCCGUGCCACUAUGCUGCCCCGUGCCACUAUGCUUCCCCGUGCCACUAUGCUGCCCCGUGCCACUAUGCUGCCCCGUGCCACUAUGCUGCCCCGUGCCACUAUGCUGCCCCGUGCCACUAUGCUGCCCUGUGCCACUAUGCUGCCCCGUGCCACUAUGCUGCCCCGUGCCACUAUGCUUCCCCGUGCCACUAUGCUGCCCCGUGCCACUAUGCUGCCCCGUGCCACUAUGCUGCCCCGUGCCACUAUGCUGCCCCGUGCCACUAUGCUGCCCCGUGCCACUAUGCUGCCCCGUGCCACUAUGCUGCCCCGUGCCACUAUGCUGCCCCGUGCCACUAUGCUGCCCCGUGCCACUAUGCUGCCCCGUGCCACUAUGCUGCCCCGUGCCACUAUGCUGCCCUGUGCCACUAUGCUGCCCCGUGCCACUAUGCUGCCCCAUGCCACUAUGCUUCCCCGUGCCACUAUGCUGCCCCGUGCCACUAUGCUUGCCCUGCCACUAUGCUGCCCGUGCCACUAUGCUGCCCCGUGCCACUAUGCUGCCCCGUGCCACUAUGCUGCCCCGUGCCACUAUGCUGCCCCGUGCCACUAUGCUGCCCCGUGCCACUAUGCUUCCCCGUGCCACUAUGCUGCCCCGUGCCACUAUGCUGCCCCGUGCCACUAUGCUGCCCCGUGCCACUAUGCUGCCCCGUGCCACAAUGCUGCCCUGUGCCACUAUGCUGCCCCGUGCCACUAUGCUGCCCCGUGCUACUAUGCUUCCCCGUGCCACUAUGCUGCCCCGUGCCACUAUGCUGCCCCGUGCCACUAUGCUGCCCCAUGCCACUAUGCUUCCCCGUGCCACUAUGCUGCCCCGUGCCACUAUGCUGCCCCGUGCCACUAUGCUGCCCCGUGCCACUAUGCUGCCCGUGCCACUAUGCUGCCCCGUGCCACUAUGCUGCCCCGUGCACUAUGCUUCCCCGUGCCACUAUGCUUCCCCGUGCCACUAUGCUGCCCCGUGCCACUAUGCCUGCCCGUGCCACUAUGCUUCCCCGUGCCACUAUGCUUCCCCGUGCCACUAUGCUGCCCCGUGCCACUAUGCUGCCCGUGCCACUAUGCUGCCCCGUGCCACUAUGCUGCCCCGUGCCACUAUGCUGCCCCGUGCCACUAUGCUGCCCCGUGCCACUAUGCUGCCCCGUGCCACUAUGCUGCCCCGUGCCACUAUGCUGCCCCGUGCCACUAUGCUGCCCCGUGCCACUAUGCUGCCCCGUGCCACUAUGCUGCCCCGUGCCACUAUGCUGCCCCGUGCCACUAUGCUGCCCCGUGCCACUAUGCUGCCCCGUGCCACUAUGCUGCCCCGUGCCACUAUGCUGCCCCGUGCCACUAUGCUGCCCGUGCCACUAUGCUGCCCCGUGCCACUAUGCUGCCCCGUGCCACUAUGCUUCCCCGUGCCACUAUGCUGCCCUGUGCCACUAUGCUGCCCGUGCCACUAUGCUGACCCGUGCUACUAUGCUUCCCCGUGCCACUAUGCUGCCCCGUGCCACUAUGCUGCCCCGUGC